AUGAAACAAUUCAUAAUCUUUACCAUAUUAUUAGUAUUAAUAACUCAACUUACUACGGCCAGUGUAAUACCAGCAUCAUCAAUAUCGGUUGAAAAAAGAGCGAUUAAUAAUGGAUUUGAACUAUGUCAAGAAAACACACCAAUAACUAUUGCUGAUUUUUCAUAUUCUCCAGAUCCGAUUAAGAUUGGACAAGAUCUCACUAUGAAUUUAGCUGGAAAAAGCACAGUCGGAAUUAGUGAUGGAACAACUGUUAAUAUUGUAGCAACCGUAUUUGGAGUUACUGUUUUAGAAAAAACAGAAGAUUUUUGUAGUAACGUCGUCAAAUACACACCCACUUUAACUUGUCCAAUACCAGCUGGUGACUUCAAUUCUACAAUUACUGAACUUAUACCAAAUGACGACAAACUUAAAAAUAUACCUGAAAUCUUUGUUCUGAUUGAUCCAGUAGCAGUAGUUUUAAUUUGUUUGGAAGGAACUGUUAAAAUUAGCCAAUAG